AUGCCCCUAACCAUCCACUACCUCCACAACUUCCAAUCCGACCUCAUCACCUGGCUCUGCGAAGAACUUGACAUCCCCUACGAGUUAAAACCUACAAAUAUAAAGCACUGCACCCUUCCGGCUCCCUACCGAUCAUUCAAGAUACUUUCCCUCUCCCUACGGACGAUAUGGAGAGAAUACGUGAACCCUAACUCUCGCAAAAAGCGGCGCAUGUGUCCAGCCAAUGGCACGUUUCAGCCAUUCCUGGGACGCCUCAUGAUGUUGAAUGCUGGCUCCGGCGGCGGCGGCGAUGGGACCCGGGGCCGGGAUCCCGUCGCCAAUCCCAAUCCCAAUCCCAUAGUAGCCCUCUGGAAUGACAGGCUGACGCGGUCCCUGGAGGACAAGCGCUUCAAGCCGAAAAGCGAGGGCGGUGAUGGUGCAACGUGGCUGGCCGGCGAUGAGUUUACGGUGGCGAAUAUUAUGGUUGUGUUUUCGUUGACGACGUUUAGGAAUUGGUUUGCGUAUAGCUUGCGUGGGUAUGAUGGGAUUCUGGGUUAUUUGGCGGGAGUUGGCGGGAGUUGGCGGGAGAGACGGGUAUAAGAGAGCAAUGGCUAAGGCGG